CUUAGAGCUUAUGCUGUGUAUGAUGAAUCGCUUGGAUAUUGUCAAGGCAUGAACUUUAUAGCUGGGUGUCUUUUGGAGCAUUUACCUCCAAAUGAAGCCCUUGGAGUUAUGGUUACCUUACUUGGUCCUAAUCCAGGCUCUCAUCGUCUCAGAUAUAUUUUCCAUUCAUCAACGUACGAGCUGUACGCUAGUGUUGAAAAGAUAAACAGCCUCAUGUCUAUAAAAUUACCUCGACUGUAUCAACAUAUGGUCCAAGAAAACAUACAUCCAUCAAUGUAUGCAGUGAGAUGGUAUCGGACAUUCUUUGGCCACAGUGGCCCAAAAUCCCUUUUAAUAAAUACUAUAAACCUGGUACUAUUGAAGGGAUCUGAUAUUCUU